UUCUUACAAGAUGGAAAAUAAAUUGUUUUUGUGUGUAUUGGUGUCCUGUUGGCAUUUCCUAAAUGCUUUGUUCAGAGUCGAAGUUCCCCAGACACUGUACAUUGUAGACUACGGGAAUAAUGUAACCAUGGAAUGCAGGUUUCCAGUGAAUGACCACUUAGAGCUUAAAGAUUUAAGUAUCAUUUGGGAGAAACAAGAACAAAACACAAAAGAGGUUUACAAACUUCAUAAAGGGAACGAAGACUUUACAACCCAACACAGCGACUUCAGUGGAAGAAUAAAACUGUUUCAAGAGAAACUGAAAUUGGGACAGUCUUUGCUUCAGAUUAGCAAUGUAAUGUUCACUGAUGCAGGCAAUUACCUCUGUCUCAUUGGCUAUAGAGGAGCUGAUUACAAAAAGAUCACCUUGAAAGUAAGGGCUCCUUACAGAAACAUAACCACAAGAACUGUGCCUAUCCAAAGUAGCAGAGUACACAAAGAAAAAGUGCUAACAUGCAAGUCAGAAGGAUAUCCAAAGGCAGAAGUCAUCUGGCAGAAUGGAGACUACCAUGAUUUGAGUAACAAGGCAAAUACAAGUUAUGAGACUGGAACUAACCAACUGUACCAUGUGACAAGCACCCUUACAAUUGACAUAAGGAUUAAUGAGACUUUUCGCUGCAUAUUUUGGAAUAAACAGCUUCAAGAAAACACAUCUGCUGUUUUUAUCAUAUCCGGUUAUGAUGAAGAUAACAGCAGACACCAUGGACUAAUAGGUGUGGCAGCAUUUUUCCUUGUAUUAUUGCUGUUAUGUUUAUUCGGGAUUAAAAAAGCCAGAGAAUAUAAGUACAGUAGGACGUGUACAAAAAACUCAUUACCGGAUGUGACAGAUGUACGAAUUGAAGAGACUUAGCUUGUAUUAGCAGGAGAAGGUUUUUCUAACUACCCCAUUUUUAUUUUAUUUUAAAUCCUGGGUCUGAUCCCUAUAUCAUUUAUGCCAAUGUAAAUCAGGAAAAACAUAAAUGCUAUUACUGGACCUACGUUUUGCAUCAUGGCAUCAGAGUCAGGCCUUCUAAUAUAUAUGUUUGUAUUUAUUUAAGUGUCAAGAUGUCUGCUUUGUCAAUGAUGCACUUUCAGGAACGUUAUUUAUCUUUCUUUUUUUUUAAUAGUUUAAAAUUAAAAGCACUUUAAAUUCUUGACCCUAGUUAAUUUCAUACUCAUUUUUUAAAUAUUCUGUUUUGUGAGCUCAAGUUUUUCUCUGAGCUUAGAAUUUCUUGCUGAGACCACACCUCUUUCCAACUUCCAUGGAUAAAGCUGCCAUCACUUUGCUCCACACUAAGGAUUUGGAUGGAAUGAGACUGAAUGCCAUGCAUGCAGGCCAAUUUCUUUUGUACCUGUAUUUCAAGAUAUGGACAAUGUGUAGUUAAGGCUGAAACAUGCUUCUAAACUCUUUUGUAACAACAGGGUUCCUCCUGGUUUGGGAAUCAGCAGAUAUUACCCACAGGGCACUUAAUUUUUUGUACUUCGAGGAAGACUUUACUGGGGCUUAUUGUUCCUGGGAAUGAAGUUUGCACUACUGGCUGCCUGCUGGUCACUAUUCUGAUCCACUGCCUGCUGAUAAUAUAGAACUUUGGAUCUUCCUGAAGAAGAGCUCAUGAAGUGGACAAUCUUUUUCUUUCUUAGAGAGAGUUGUAAUGCAACACGUUAUAUGAAGCAAAAGGGACAUUUAUGAAAUCAUUCAGUAGGUACUCUAGCACUGAUUUCUGGAUUCCAUUCAUUAAGCUAUUAUAUUUAAUUGUAUUUUGCUAGCUGCCUAGCUGUAUCUGGAUACCCUUGUGUCAUAAAU